GGGGGGCAACGACUACGUGCAUGUCAACUCUCGACGAGAUACUGCAAUCUAUGCGGUCGUCAAAGUGAUUUGAGAGGGAACGAUGUGUAUACAUCUAUCUAUAUGUGUAUGCAUGUAUUGAAAGACUCGGCCAAAGAGGUGAGGGAGGGGGUAUGUUAAGAAGGGGGGAGGGGGGAGAAGAAGUAGUAAAUUGGAGAAAACAGGAAGAGAGGGAUAGGAAGGGAAGGGGGGGAAAAAAAGAAGGAAAAAAGACAGUAAAACAACAAAGAUUAACCCUUCAUAAAAUACAUUAUAACGAGAACCCUCUGCUACAUGCGUGUACCCUCAUGACAAUGCCAGCUGCCGUAAACCCCUUCUUUUGUGAACCGACCCCCACCCCCCGCCCCCCUACCUGGCCCGUCGCUACCAAAAGCCGCACCGUGGAACUUCCACUUCCCGACCCAAGGACCAACAAUCGACCCAGUCACACAACCUCGCAGACACACAGACACAGGCAGCACUCCCUUGACCAAAGAGGAGGACCUCCCCUCCCGACGUUCGCGCCGAACGACGCCCUCGAGGAGGGCAAACCCGAGACAGGCCCCAUGGAGAAACCAAACCCCCCCUCCCCCACCGCUCCGCUUGUCCGGCACGCCGUGGCGCAGCCUCCCUUACGGCCCCACUCCUCAUCCUUCCCGCACCUAAAUCCGACGUCUCUCGGUGCCGAGAAAGACUUCCUGACGGCUCCGAGGCAGACGGCCAAGAGCUGUGGUGGCGGGGUUCUAGUGUGCUGCUGACGGUGUUUCGGUCGAGUAUGCUUCGGGCCUUUGCGCGUCCCGAUCGUCUCUCGGCGAUAGCAGCCGUUUCUUUGCCGAGCAGCAAGAGGUUGCAAUGAUUGUUCCCCUUCAGACGCGUCCAUCCGUGGAUCGUGGGAACCCCUUGUCGCAGACCCUGGCUUGUCCCAACGCCCAAUGCUCAUAUUCGCGAAAAUGGGGGUAUAUUCGUUUCGUGUGCCCAAAUCCUCCAAGUAGAUUAAAUCCGCGAUGCUUUCCUUCGCUCUGUUAUUAAACCGUCC